AUGGCUGGGUCGGACGCGACAUCGCCGAAACCCGAAAAUCACAAUGAUCGCGAAUCAUCGUCCAGCGACAGGGACUCAUCGCCACAGCCAGAACAACCAAAGCAAAACCCAGCACAAGAUCGCAUGGCGCGAUUCAAAGCCCUCCAGGCCCGUGCAAAAUCUUCGGUAGAUACAAAUCGCAAGGAAGUCUAUGCCGAACGGAAACGACAAGCUAUUGACCCCCGGGAAAUCACCGUCUUGCAAAGACGGAAAGCCGAUGCUGAACAGAAACUUGAAAAGGCUGAAAUAGCAGAGGAGGGCGGCGACUUCGAGCGAAAACGUGCUUGGGACUGGACCGUUGAAGAGAGUGAAAAGUGGGAUAAGAGGCUCGAAAAGAAGAAGAAACAUAGAGAAGAUGCAGCAUUCCAAGACUUCAGGCAGAAUGCCGAAAAGGUCUACAAGCGACAAUUACGAAAUAUUGAACCAGAUCUAGAAGGCUACGCGAAAGAACGAGCAAAGGUCGCCAAAGACGGUCAGGUUUAUGAAACAGAGGACGGAGAACUAGUUGCUAUCGACGAGAGUGGUGAAUUUUAUGCUGAUGGAACAUCUCUCGCUUUUGUCAACAACAAACCCAGCAGGGAUGCGGUUGACAGACUCGUUUCCGACCUGAAGAAAGCGGAUGAGGUCAGAACCAAGAGACAGAAGAAGGGAGAUGACGACGAUAUCACCUAUAUCAACGACAAGAACAAGCAGUUCAACCAGAAACUUGCUCGAUACUAUAACAAAUACACAUCAGAAAUCCGGGAUAGUUUCGAACGAGGCACCAUGAUCUAG